AUGAAGACGGCCAGCAUCCCCGCGACGAUGCGGGCCGUGCAGUACGACGCCUGGGGCGGGGGUGCCACGGGACUCAAGCAUGUGGAAGUUCCAAUCCCUUCGGCCCAAAAGAAUGAGCUUCUAUUGAAGCUGGAAGUAGCAAGCAUCAAUCCAGUGGACUGGAAGAUACAGAAAGGGCUCUUGCGGCCAUUCCUGCCUCGUAAAUUUCCUUUUAUCCCUGUGACUGAUGUGGCAGGAGUUGUGGCUGAUGUUGGGCCAGGAGUCCAGGGAUUCCAACCCGGAGAUCAAGUCGUUGCUAAGCUUGUCCUUUUUUCUUACCAGAAAGGAGGUGGACUUGCGGAGUAUGCUGUGGCAUCAGAAACUCUGACCGUCAAGAGGCCUGCCGAGGUAUUUGCUGCUGAAGGCGCAGGGCUGCCUGUUGCUGCUGGUACUGCGCUCCAGGCGCUUAGGACCAUCGGCGCCAAGUUCGACGGCACUGGCAAGCCCUUAAACGUUCUGAUCACCGCGGCAUCAGGUGGCGUCGGUCACUACGCCGUGCAGCUCGCGAAAAUGGCCGGUCUCCACAUCACCGCCACCUGUGGCGCGCGUAACGUGGAGCUGCUGAAGAGCCUGGGCGCGGAUGAGGUGCUUGACUACAAGACGCCAGAGGGUGCCAGCCUGCAGAGCCCCUCGGGUAAGAAGUACGAUGUUGUCAUCCAUUGCGCUGCCCGGAUCAGCUGGUCGACGUUCGAGCCUGUGCUGGCCACCACCGGGAGGGUGAUCGACAUCACCCCAAACUUCAGCUCCAUCCUCAAAUGGGCGCUGCACAUGGUGACCUUCGCCAGGAAGAGGCUGGUGCCACUGCACCUGUCGCCCAACAAGGCGGACCUAGAGUUCCUGGUCGGGCUGCUGAAGGACGGCAAGCUCAAGACACUGAUUGACUCGAGGUUCCCACUGAGCGAGGUGAGCAAGGCCUGGCAGAAGAGCGUCGACGGCCAUGCCACCGGAAAGAUCAUCGUCGAGAUCGGAGGCUGAUCUGGGAUCCUCCAUUACUGAUGUAGACUUGCAUUGAUAAUGUACUUAGCGUGCUCUAGACAGCUGGACACAACAUGGAGGUCGACAGAAACGGAGUGCCGGUGUCUGGGUGGGCAUCCUCGUGCUAAUUAUUCGUGAGUGUUGAGCUCGUUUAAUAGGCUUGAGUUUCUUUUGCUUUCGAUUGUGAACAUCAGUUUAGCCGUUUAGGGAUUUAUGGAUUUGCAUGAUUGAUCAGCAAAGUUGCAUUGUAAUUUACUCUAUUUUUUUUCUAAAUUAUAAGAUAUUUUGGUUUUUCUA